AUGCCUCCCAAGCGGGCGAAGUCUCUGGCCACGCGCGCAACCCCGACGGAGCGCGUGGCUGUUGGCCUCUUGCUCUCUCCCGAUGGAGCCGUGGCCACUCCAGGAUACAGACUUUCUUCCAGUCCAACCUAUCGCAAUGCUGAAGUCUGCCCAGAGCGAUGCAGUGUUUCCGGGCCGAACACAGGAAUCUGGUCGGUCUAUCCCAACUUCAAGCAGAUAAAUAAAUGCAAACAGACCGUGUUUUACGACUUUUCUCUCUACGGCCAAGUUGACGACCUGGCCGAUAACCACCGCAUCCAAGCUUGCUCAUCAUUCGGUCCCGAUUUCUCUCAGAUUGCCCCUUCAAGCCUGCAGAUCGCUUCCGCUGAGUCUGUCGAUGUUGAAUUCGAGAUUGGGUGGUGGGACGAGGGCUUUGGCCUGGCAACUUCCGGCCUCCGGCCCCUCAUCAUCUAUGGCCAGUCUGGUCAAGCUACCAUUGGUCUCUACAUUGGCGGAGACCUGCUGAACCAAAGCCUUAGCGAGUCUGCCCUAAAGAUGCUCCAAGACAACCUUGCAAGCCUCAACGUCUCGACGCCAAGCUUAGCCAUGCAGCUCUGCGGGUCACAUUACGACAGCACCCACAUAUUUGGGGUCAUGGCCACCAGCAACGGGACGUUUGCCCCCAUCCAGCGCGCUAUCAAAUCUUGGAUCAAUGCGACAUGCCUGUCGUUCUCGGGGUCCAUGAAGUUUCCUGGCCAGGCUAUGUUCACCACGCCGCUUCUACACACUAUUCGCACCACCAACGCAACUGUCCUGGCUAGGGAGGAGCUCAACGCUCGUGCUCAUGGUGAGUGUAGGACAGUAUAG